CUGGCAUUUCUCAACCGGUUCAUGCAAGAGUUCUGCCAGACUAUGUACGAUGUGUACACUUGCUUAGACACCGCGUAUGCGCAGACACUCAAGAACUUCCACAGCUUCUUCGACCGGGGCGCUGUAGCGUUGGCGCUUAGGAGUGCUCCCACACGCGAAGACUUUGUGCUAGCGCUGCAGCCACGACAGUUUACCGUUGAUGGUACGGUCGCUGAAGCGGAAGCGCUGUUAAUUUCUCACAUGACGGAAUACUCCAAGGGUCUAUCCGCACAACUGGCAAAGUGCAAGAAGCUGUUUGUGAACCUGGGGCUGAAGGAUACGUGA